UCUCCAUCUCUCUCUCUGUCUCUCUCUCUCCAUCUCUCUCUCUCUCUCUCGCUCUCUCUCUCUCUCUCUCUCUCUCUCUCUCUCUCUCUCUCUCUCUCUCUCUCUCUCUCUCUCUCUGUCUCUCUCUCCAUCUCUCUCUCUCUCUCUCUCUCUCUCUCUCGCUCUCCAUCUAUCUAUCUAUCUAUCUAUCUAUCUAUCUAUCUAUCUAUCUAUCUAUCUAUCUAUCUAUCUAUCUAUCUAUCUAUCUAUCUAUCUAUCUAUCUAUCUAUCUAUUUAUCUCUCUCUCUCUCUGUCUCUCUGUCUCUCUGUCUCUCUAUUCUUCUCUCUUUCUGACAGCGUAGCUUUCAGAUUCCUGACACCUGGGAACUGGGCGCCAUGGUGACAGACGGUACUAAGUCAGCUUCAUGUCACUUGGUGUGUGUGUAGGGGUCUGUGUGUGUGUGUGUGUGUGUGUGUGUGUGUGUGUGUGUGUGUGUGUGUGUGUGUGUGUGUGUGUGUGUGUGUGUGUGUGUGUGUGUGUGUGUGUGUUAGUGAACGUAGGGGUGUAAGCUUGUUGGGGGGUUGCCCAUUUGAAAUUGUGCUUUAAAUCACGGUCUGUUGCAUAUGUUUGUUUAAGUAGGGAUGUGUGUGAGAGAUAGAGAAAAGGUGUGUGUGUGUGUGUGUGUGUAUGCGUGUGUGUGCACAUAGAUGCAUGUGUGCGCACACAGUUUCCCUCCGAGACUUGAAUGUCAGUCACCUUGGUGUGUUGACAUAGUGUCCAAUAACCUUUCCGUUGGGUCUUGCGUAUUUCUCCAUCCGUGAACAGUGUUCCGGACUAAUGUGUUUUUCUGUCCAACUCUAACCAUCUGUACCGGCGCACAUUUAUAGCCUACUGAGGCCCUGAUUGACAGGCUUAUUAUGGAGCUAUAGAUUGUCCCCGUGGCUUCGCUACGGAAACGGGACGUGUGGGCAUACGGUGUGCACUAGCGCGGACCACUCUCUUGUGCGUGUCACGGGGGGCGAGUGGGACCCAGGCCACUCUUCUGUCCGGCACUAUUGUCCGUCCACAAAAGGAUAUUAAGACUAAUAGGAAUAGUAAUUCCAUUAUUUCCAUUGGGUAUAACUGAAUGACACGACGGGAUUAAUGGGAAGCAAAGAAUGAGAUUCAUUCUCACAGGCCGAAUGUCUUAGGGUUAUAACGUUGUAUUUUAUUGCAUCAUUGAAACAUUAAUAUUAUUUUCAACACGUUAAUUCUGUGAUGACUUAUUCAUACAGAGAGAAGGUUUGUAUACCUCUGGUGAGGAUAUAGGGCUUUAUUGUUUUUGCAUGGUGAUGCUAACAGUUCAUAUGAAGAUUUACAUUGUGUUUUUAUUUUUCUGCUCAUGUGGGAAUUCGUAUGCUACGUAUAAAUGUAUAUCGAGCAAUUUAUAUCGGGUGUCAUAGAUCUACUGGGUUGACAAAAAAAUACAGAUACUGUAUUUCCUUUGCCUAUUCAUCGAUGUGCUAUUCUUUGAUUACCUCAACAAAUUAACUUCAGAAUAACAGUGUCUGUUGCUAAUAUGACAUUGAACACAUCUGAAAUCAUAAUCUCUCAAAUUGAAAUACUUUCAGAUUAAAUCGAUUUGUUAAUAAAAUAUCAUCACUAACCCUAUUUUAGUGAGCUUUUGGUUGUUGCAGUUAUAUCAUCAUAAUAUUAAUAAACAUCCAAUCCAUACUGCAUCCAAUCAAACCAUCUCACUGAGCAAAUAAUGAGGAAGUUGAUUGUUCCCUGGGUCACAGUAGUGUCAUAUAAAAGGCAAAGCUAUUUAUUUAUUUAUCCAUUUUCACUCUGACUUACAACUAUAGAGUCAGACCUUUUUUUUUCGUGCAUCGUCCUGAUAAUAAUGAUGUUAAAUAAGUAAGAAGAGGACCAAGCUCACACACAAAUCACAGGUGGGUUUGGCCCAGCUUACACCCUCUCGCUGAAGCACUACCUCUAUAUCUGGGACGUAUUAGUACUGGUUGUUUUGUCCCUGUUUGUUUUAACACCCCCCUAUUUACUGCUCAUUACUUUUCAUUUAACUGAUAUUUUUGGCGAAUGGUGCCUCGCUUAAAGUGUUGCUACCGUAAUCAAUUGUGGGAAGCAUUAUCUCCUUUCCUUUCACAAAGGAGGUCAUACCCUACGCUAGAGGAGAUAAGGGAGGAAGCACUGGAGCACCUUCCCCGAGCAUUUAGAGAAUUCAAACAGCUCUAAUUAAGCUGCCACUAGAUGCUUCCGGGUCAUUUCACCCAGUUAGGAAGCUUCCUAAGCAAAAUGGACUAUUUAAACCGGAUCUUUGGUCUCACAUUUUGGCUUUUAAAGAACCCUUCGAUUGAGAGUCGAAGCAGCCGACUGCUGCUGGAAUAGAUCCACUUUGCUGCAGUUACAGGCUGGCUAAACCGGGUCAUUUUGAGGAGAGCCAUACAUGAGUCCAGCCAAUCAAGAGUAUGGAGGAACAGGAACGUGAACAUGACGAAGCUUUAGACUGGUGAAGGUCAAUUCAAUGGCUAUCUCACGUCUGAGGUGUUGCUUUGUUAGCAAUCUGGUUUUAGUGUACUUGAUUAUAGUAUUCUCACCUUCCUCUGUGUGUGUGUGUGUGUGUGUGUGUGUGUGUGUGUGUGUGUGUGUGUGUGUGUGUGUGUGUGUGUGUGUGUGUGUGUGUGUGUGUGUGUGUGUGAGACUGUGUGUGGUGUUAUGUCUAUUGUGAUUAUUUAUUGUUAACUUGAAUUAAAACAGCAAGAUGUGGUGUAAAAUCGUUGCAGACAUCUUGUUGAUUUUGCGCUGAGAAUAACAGGAUCCAUUAUCUUUUCGUAUAAUCUCAAAUAUAAAACGGUUGCCCUUUAUGCUAAGCAUAAUAGAUCUGCUGCAGGCAAUACAUAUUAAAGGGAAUGUGAAUAUCUUAAAUCAAUAAUAUAUUGUAAUAUAUGUCUAAUCUAUAUUUUUUGUUAAUGACAAGUUCAAUUUAGUGUCUUUGGCAUUCAAGGCUUGGUCAGAUAUAUAGUUAUGAUUAAUGACUGCUUCAGAUAUAUUGAAAAAGACAGAAAUCAUUAUUUCCAUCUCAAUGCCUGAAGGCUUUCCCUCAGAAUGGUCAAACAAACCCCUAUCCACACACACACACACACACACACACACACACACACACACACACACACACACACACACACACACACACACACACACACCGACCCAAGACCUCCUCAUGUAUAUGUCUGCUGGGUAUGUAUUUUUUCAGUUCUCUGGGGCCUGAUGAAGAGCAGACGUAUAUAUUAAUAUCCCAGCCUCCCAUUAGGUCCAUAUCUAUAACAUACAGCCUACUGGGCCCUUCCCCCACAUUGUACAGACAAAAGAAUAACCAGCUGCAUUGAUUAUUUUUCAGCAUGACAGAUAAGGAGAUACCUUGUAGGUUCAAUGGGGUGGAUCUCUAUCUCCGGUGUGUGUGUUUGUUUGUUGGUGUGUUUGUUGGUAAGUGUGUAUGCCUAGGUGUGUAUGCAUGUCUCUGUGUGUGUGUGUGUGUGUGUGUGUGUGUGUGUGUGUGUGUGUGUGUGUGUGUGUGUGUGUGUGUGUGUGUGUGUGUGUGUGUGUGUGUGUGUGUGUGUGGAUCAAGUUCAUGCUGUAUCCUCAGCUAUGUGGUCUACCCUUUUACUGUCUCAUGUCUCUCUCUGGUUUUAAGCGGUAGGAGCUAGUCAUGUCGGCUAGCAUUCCCUCUAAGGAACAUCGCCCCAAUGCGAGGACGUUGAUUGGGGCUUGGUCAAGGUGAGGACAUAGUAUGGAUGGAUAUUUUCCAAAGUGCAGCACUCAGCCCAUCAGACCCUCACAUUGAGGAUGGAUGGAGGGUUCCCAGUGUCAUUGGUUCAAAGCUUGACUACUGACCCUGACUCAGCAGCCCCUCUCUCGUCCAGCUCUUCUCCUUACUCUUCACCCCUCCACCAACCCUUUGGCAUAAUAGGAAUGAUGCUGUCGGUAUGUCCGUCUGUCUGUCUGUCUGACCAUGUGUGUCUGACUGUGUCUGACUUUGUCUGUCUGUCUGUCUGUCUGUCUGUCUGUCUGUCUGUCUGUCUGUCUGUCUGUCUGUCUGACUGACUGACUGACUGACUGACUGUGUGUGUGUGGUCAGUCCGUUGGUCUGACAAUGUUUGUCUGACCGGUUUGUGUGUGUCUUAGUGUGUGUGCGUGUGUGUGACUAACUGAGUGCGAGUUGUUUGUUUCAAAGGAUCUGCCAUAUACUUAACCCCAAUACAAGAUGCAGACGAGUGGGCGAGGGGGAGUUGCGUGAUACCAUGGUGUCCUGGUUGUUUUGCGUGUUGUGACCAGGGGGGAGGAGGGUGAGGGGGCUGAGGGCUGAGGGGAGAUGGACAAAGCGUCUCGACAGAUUAAACCAGAUUUGCCCCAGCAUCCCGCUGGGCGUUUGUUCCGCGCAGUUCUCAGCCUCAUGUGGCCCUGAGAGGUUUCUUUCAAGUUAUUUUUUUCCUGUUGAAAAAGAAAAAAAAAGCCAGUAGAAAUCAUGUCCUUGUUUGUCUCUUAAAUUGCUCCAAACAACAUGUCCCCCUGAUUAGUCUCCUCUCACUAGAGCCCACUUGUGCAUCUGAAUGGCUGCUUCACUGCAUUUUGUUUAGAGCUGUCCAUGCUCGCUGUUCCUCACCCCAGGACAACUCUUUACUCAGACACGUCGAUCGUUUACACAUUAAUCAAGCGUUUUACAAGGCUAAGAAGACAUGAGGAGAUAACUUACCAUACGAUAUUAGCACUUUUUUUUAAAGAUGGACAGCCGACAGAUUGGGAAAAAACGACCUACAUUUAGAGGAUUUAUUUGUUACUCGUGCUUAAUCCUGAAUUUAAUUAAAAAGAUGAUACUGUAAUUCUUGUUCCAGUUCCAGUGAUCACCGGUACCCAUGUUGAAAGGAUUCAUAUAUCAUUAAUUUGUUCCCCGGCAGCCAUUAGUGAAAUUAAAUGUUAAAAUAAAUACAUGAACUGCAAAUGUAAUACAUCAGUACCUCAGAACUGGAAACAAGUACUUUAAUCAAAUCAAAGCUGGACCUGUAAGACUAAUCUUGUGCAUCCAACCUCAACAACAUAAGCAUAAUAUUAAAAUCCUAUAUCUAUCUAUCUAUCUAUCUAUCUAUCUAUCUAUCUAUCUAUCUAUCUAUCUAUCUAUCUAUCUAUCUAUCUACUUUCCAAUAUCCAUCUAUCUAUAGAUCUACCUACUAUCCAGCCAUUCAUCCAUAUACUAUCUAUCCAUCUUGUCUCUCUCCCUCCCUCCCUAUAUUUCCUUUAUAACAUUCAGAUGGGGGCUUUUGUGUGAGCAUGAAAACCAAUCCGAAAGUGUGUCAACCCUUCCUUAUUAACACGUCACAAUCCUGUCAGACCGGCCUUCAGGUCUAGCCUAUUUCCCAAAGUAGAGGCUAAACAGAGCUCACGGUUGAAAGGUUGAGACACGUGGAGUUUGUGUCUUUCCCUUCCUUGUGAGGGAACCUUUAUGAAGAGAUGAUAGGAGGAGGAAAAGUUGAUGAAGUCCCACUCCUCUGUCUGCUUCCAAUGGGCUUCCGAGGGAGGGAGUGUGGUGGAGCUCAGGUCUGAGUCUCUGUUUGCGUAAUCCCUUGUAAUUCUCUCUGUGGGUACCGUCUUCAUUGUUCGACUUGUCUUUGAUGAAUGAGAUAGGGGACUGCUGUCUGCGUACCCAUGGCACAUACAGGCCAUACGACGGGAGUACACUUGGAUUCACGGGAGGGGAAAUUAACAUUAUUUACAUGGAUACAAGCUGUUGAUCAUGUUUGAUUAAUUGGACAUUUGUUUUAGUCUGCAUGACCAUCUGUGAUUUUGUAUGCGUGCAUGAGUGUGUUUUUGAGAGAGAGAAAGCGAGUUUGAUCUUUAUUUGUAUGAGUCAUACGCAUAGAUGAAUGGUAAAGCGAUUUAUUUCCAGAUGAACCGUAAUUAGAAGUGUAUGGAAAGUGAGGCUGAGCAGAGCAAGCUUUCACCGGCUGCAGAUGGGGAGCGCGUGUGCUGCGUGUUGGAGGAGGGGCCAAAGUUUCCACACUUGGAGGCGGUGAACCUCAGUCAUGUGUAGUAAAAAAGGAUGGCAGUAUUCGAAUGGGGACGUGACGGACAUCUCGGAUUGUAACGUUAUACUGAGUGAUACGUUUAGCGAGGAUACCAGUUACUCUUCUCUUCAUCCUAAACGAAUUCGAGUCAUGCUGGACUGAGGUGAAUGUGAACGGAAAAUCCGUUUCCAGUGAACGAUCCUGACUGACGGCCGUAAUUGCUGCAUGGAAGCCGGUCUGGCUUGGAUAUCUCCGAGGGCUACAAGUGAAAAAAGAAGCCCAUCUUUAAAUCCAUAAAAGGACACUCGUCCCUUUAUUUCAAGAGUCAAUGAACAGUGUCUAAGCACCGGCGUUGGGAGGACAAGAACCGGCCGAGUACCCCCCCUCUGCUCUCCACCCCACCCCUCAACCCAAGCCUUCAAGUUAAGCAAGUAACAAGCAGAAGAAUAAGAAGAGAAAAACGUUCCUUGAUUUUGGGAAAGGACGAGUGGUAGAAGCCAGGGAAGCCCAGUUUUCUGCAUGUCUGUGUGUUAAGGUCACAUGACCAUGUGGAGACUGGGGCGGACUGUGUGCUGCCUUGGAGCUGCUACACUGCUAUUCGCUAGCCUCCUGCAGACCGCCGUGUCCACGCAGGACGACGCCACGCCCAGAAUCAGUUUCCUCUACAAUGCGAAGGAGAGAUCUGCCAAGAGAUUCUCUGUGGACGGUGUCUCGAACUACACCUCUCUGCUGCUCAGCAAGGAGGACGACAUGCUUUAUGUCGGAGCCAGGGAAGCUCUGUUUGCCCUCAGCCUCUCAGAUAUCAGCAAGAACAAGCUGCAGAAGAACAUGACAUGGGGCACUCCUGUCGGAAAAAGGGAGGAAUGCAGCUUUAAGGGCAAGAACCUGGAGACCGAUUGCUUCAAUUACAUCAAGAUUCUGCUGCGACUGAACAGCACACACCUCUAUGUGUGUGGAACCUACGCCUUCAGUCCCAUCUGUGCCUACAUAAACACGUCUACGUUCUCCCUGGAGAGAGACGACUCUGGCGAGGUUCUGAUGGAGGACGGACGCAGCCGCUGCCCCUUCAACCCAGAAUACAAAUCCACCGCCAUCAUAGUGGAUGGAGAACUUUAUGCAGGUACCGUGAGCAACUUCCAGGGAAACGAACCCGUCAUCUACAAGAGCCUGGGGCACGGCACAGCCUUGAAGACGGAGAACUCCCUAAACUGGCUGCAAGAUCCGGUGUUCGUGGGCUCGGCGUACAUCGAAGAGAGUCAGCCCACGGGCAACCCAGUGGGGGACGACGACAAGGUUUACUUCUUCUUCAGCGAGGCGGGGAAGGAAUUUGACUUCUUCGACAACACCAUUGUGUCGCGGAUUGCUCGCGUGUGUAAGGGGGACAAGGGAGGCGAGCGGGUGCUCCAGAAGAAGUGGACCACCUUCCUCAAAGCCCAGCUCCUGUGCUCCCUGCCCGACGACGGCUUCCCCUUCAACAUCAUCCAGGACAUGUUCGUCCUGAAGCCAAUGGGGGACGGCUGGGAGAACACCGUUUUCUACGGGGUCUUCACCUCCCAGUGGUAUAAAGGGGCAUCGGGGAGUUCUGCAGUCUGUGCGUUCACCAUGGCCCAGGUGGAGCGGGCGUUCAGCGGUCGCUACCGCGAGGUCAACCGGGAGAGCCAGCAGUGGUACACCUACAACCACCCCCUCCCAGAGCCGCGUCCCGGGGCGUGCGUGACCAGCCGCGCCAGGCAGGCCGGGAUCCAGUCGUCCCUGCACAUGCCCGACAAGGUGCUCAACUUCGUCAAGGACCACUUCCUCAUGGACAGCGUGAUCCGCAGCCCGCCACUGCUGCUCAAGCGCAACGUGCGCUACACACAGAUCGCUGUGCACAAGAUCCAGGGCAUGGAGCGGGCCUAUGACGUCCUCUUCAUUGGAACAGACGAUGGCAAGCUUCACAAGGCGAUCAACACCAACGACCGGAUGCACAUCAUCGAGGAGAUGACCCUGUUCGCCACGCCACAGCCAGUCCAGCACAUAGAGCUGGACCCCCAGAGGGGACUGUUGUUUGUGUCGUCGUACUCCGGGUUGGUGGAGGUCCCGGUGGCUAACUGCACCAACUACGCCAGCUGUGGGGAAUGUGUCCUCUCCAGGGACCCCUACUGUGCCUGGACAGGCCGGCUGUGUCGCGACGUCAGGAUGGCGCCGCCCGACAGCCACUGGCAGCAGGACGUGGAGGAGGCGGACACCUCGGCCAUCUGCAACAAGACUUCUCACACGCCCCGGUCCCCCUUUAAAGCACCAGCCUCCCGGGUCUCCGCCUGCCAGCUGAUGACCAUCCCCAUGAACACGUUCAGAGUGCUGCCCUGCGUCCUGCGCUCCAACCUGGCGACCCGCCGGUGGCACUACAGCGCCAGCGCCAAAGAGUUCCUCUACGCCACGCCCGAGGGCCACCUGGUGGUGGUGGCGCAGCCCGACCGGACGGAGACCUACGAGUGCUGGUCCGAGGAGGAGGGCUUCCGGCAGCUGCUGGCCAAUUACUGCGUGAGGGCGGAGCCCCGGCAGGAGAGCACCACGCUGGUCGGUCACUCGCGCACGCCGCACGUGGAGCGGGAGGAGAGUAUCCUCAUCCUGCCAGGCGAGUCGCGCUCCACGCAGUUCCACGCCAAGACCUACUGGAACGAGCUGAUCGUGGUGUGCGCCCUGCUGGCCUUCUCCCUCCUGGUCUUCUCCUUGUUUGUGGCGUACCGGAACCGCGACCGCAUGAAGUCCAUGCUGAAGCAGGGCGAGUGCCCCAACAUGCAGCAGAAGAAGCCCCGCAUCGUGGGCAAGCCCACGGAGAGCCUGCCGCUGAACGGCAGCGCCAUCCCCGUGUCCACCUCGGACCACAAGGGCUACCAGACGCUCAACGACAACUAUAUCUGCAGCACGCCAACCCACGAGUCCUCCCCCGACAACAGCAAGAGCUUCUCGGAGGCCUCGGACCGGAGGCCCCUCAACGUGAAGGAGAGCCACGUGGAGUACUCUCCCACCUGCCCGCGACCCAGAGUACGGCUGGGCUCAGAGAUCAAGGACUCCAUUGUGUGAGGGUGAGCUCGGAGGGGAACAGGAGCUGUGUGCCGUAUCUCUGUCAGGGUGCAGGCAGCAGCCAGUGGGCGUGCAGAGGAAGCCCCUCCCGAGCCACAAUGCAUCUCAUUCUUAUUUGUGUGUGUCAUCGUUGUUUCUUGAUCACCACAGAGGUCAUCUGCCCGCAUCGUAUCCGCGCCCAAGUUGGCAGUUCGGUCCUGCAUCUUGGGAGCAGUGGGGACUGUUGCACAAACAUGUCACAAACUGUUGUGAUCUUGUUCUUACCAGGAUGAAUCAUCCAUCGAAAAAGAACACGUGCAUAUAUACAAAAAAAUAUCCUAGACAUCCUGACCAGGGGCCGAUCUACACGGGCCAGAAUGUCCAUGCAAAUGUUUCCCAGGAGUCGAGAUCUGGGACAAGGUCGUUCACUUACACACAAUGACGACGCAACGAUGACAACUGAUGAUCUGUAGAAUAUCGGUUUCCCUUGUUCACUGAAGAGCUGUCGGAUGCCACGAGGACAGACUUCUUUAUCCUGUAUGGAUUUCAAAUCAAAAGAAUGACCAAUCGGAAGAAAGACUAGAAUUGCCACCAAAACGGUUAAGAAGUCCAAAUCUGCAAUAGGUACAAUAAGUAACUUGAUUAGUAAUUUAACAAGAGAUUCGACAAAGAGGCUCUGGUCUUCAGCUAAGUAUUCAUCUAGCCAAGUAUUGAUCAAAGAAGGCAAUACGACUUUUGAUAUGCAAGUUAGGUUUGACCGGAACCCACUCCUUUCGGCGCAAUCGGAAAUGCAUAGAUUUGUUCUAAUGGCGGAGACUAGUGAUGCGCAAAUAACAGAUGGGGAGAGAAUUCAACCGUCCCGAGUCAAGCCAAGAAGAGAGAGCGUUGCUCACUAGUCACCAAAAUAAUCUUGCACAAUGUGCCAAAAAUCUUGAUUGUGUAAUCCAAAUGCAAUAGUGCCAUUAUCACAAGCCCUUUCCAUCGUAUGCCUUAUGUUAGCACUGAUCACAGUCACGAGAAACGCAUGUUGCUGGAGCAAACGUUGGUGCCCAAGAAACAUCUAAAAACGUUAAUAACAUCAACUCAACAGGGAUGACUCUCGUACCCAUUGCUAGUGUAGGAACUAGACGUCUGGAGGACUUAUUCUCUACUUUCCUUCUUUGCCCAUGUGAUACUGGGGGGAGAGCUUCGGCUAUUUUGUGAUCUAGUGAAUUCACAAGUUAGUUAGUUGGUUAGCUAUUUAGGGGGGUAUAGCGUGCUACUCCAAGACCCAAUGGACAUGAUAUCAAAAAUGAAGAUUUCCCCUUUAUACAAAAUGAUUUUCUCAAAGUUUUGACAUUGGUCUUUUAUUUCUUUCUUUUUUCUUUUUUUCUUUCUUACAAACUCUUGGCAACAUAAACUGCAAUGUGGAGGCCUAGACCUGUUUGGUCAUACCCCAGCCCAGAGCAGUUAACGCCUCAUUUGUGGUAGACACAUAUUCUGCUGCCACUAGGGCGUUGAUUGGCCAUGGUACAAGUGGAAGCACAAGGUUACUGGGGGGUGUCAAAAACAUUCAGGUUGUUUGCACAUUUCAAUAAAUAUGAAAACAAGAAAGAUCAGCAAAGCAGGUAAGUAUUCUACAAGAACUGACUACUGAUAGAAGAAAAAUAGUGUUUGACUGAUGCCGAGAAUGAGGUUGAAUUUUUUUUUUUUAAUAAAAUAUAUAAUAUGACAGGGACCAUUGCCAACUUUUAAAACAAAUUCCAAUCCAUAGUGCAGACUUGGUGUUUAGACUUUUUUUUUUCCAAAGAUGUAGGAGAUUGUAUUUAAAGUGUUAUGUAAUUCUAAAGUUGACAGGUUUCAGAGGUCAAUGCAAAUGGCUUGUCUGCGUUCAUGUUGUGGAAUGUAUCACCCAUUCACUGUAUUAGUCCAGUAAGCCCACCAUAUGUACUCCAAACAUCAUAAACAA